AUGAAGUUAGACGCCACAGAUCUUCGAUAUAUAACCAGUGAUGAGUUCCGGGUCCUCACAGCGACAGAGAUGGGCUCAAAGAACCAUGAAGUCGUCCCCACACCAUUAAUUGCUCAAAUAUCUGGGUUGAGGUCAGGAGGGGUAAACAAGUGUAUCGGAAACUUGGCAAAGAGAGGGCUAGUGGCAAAAGUGCAGAACGCCAAGUACGAUGGCUAUCGGUUGACGUAUGGAGGCUACGAUUACUUGGCUAUGCGCGCCAUGAACAAGCGAGGAACACUUGGGAGUGUUGGGAAUCAAAUUGGUGUGGGGAAGGAAGCUGAUGUUUACGUGGUGGCUAACGACGAGGGUGAGAGCAUGGUCCUAAAGUUGCAUAGAUUAGGGCGGAUAUCCUUUCGCACAAUCAAGACCAAACGCGAUUACCUUGGCAAGAGAAAGUCAGCUUCGUGGAUGUACAUGUCUCGGCUAGCCGCUCAAAAGGAAUAUGCAUUUAUGAAGGUGCUGCACGAACACGGUUUCCCUGUUCCUCGUCCAAUCGACCAAGCGCGCCACACUCUACUUAUGGAGUUGAUCGACGCCUACCCCCUUCGUCAGAUUGCGGAACACCCAAACCCGGGCCAGCUUUAUAGCACCCUCAUGACCCUGAUCGUCCGCCUUGCACGGGCAGGGCUAAUACACGGCGACUUCAACGAGUUCAAUAUCCUUAUUCGAGAAGAGGACGGGAAGCCGGUGUUGAUCGACUUCCCUCAGAUGGUCAGCGUGGGACAUGAGAAUGCUGAAUGGUACUUCAACCGAGACGUCGACUGUAUACGCACAUUCUUCCGCCGACGGUUUGGGUAUGAAUCGAAGCUCUAUCCCAGGUUUAGGGCCGCGCUGAAUGAUGAGGGCGAACCUGCGUUCGAACUUGAUGUGGAGGUAGCUGCGAGCGGGUUCGGGAGAAAGGAGAUGGGACUGCUGCAAGAGUAUAUGGAUAGUGUGAGGGAGGAAGAGGAGGCAGAAGAAGAGGAGGGGGAAGAAGAGAAGGGGGAAGAGGAUGAAGAGGAGGGG